CUGCUGUCUGGGCUCAUGCUGGGAGGUGUCCUGGGCUGCCGGCACGGGCCAGGGAGCUCUGGGGCUGGUGGCUGUAAGUGCUGGACCCUCUCCCCCCCCAGUCCCAUCCAUCUGGCAGGGGGGCCAGGGAGGGGUGAUGCCAGGGCCCGACAGUGGCAGUACGGUACGUGGUGCCAUGAAGCGCCGAGGCGCGUACGAUGGUUGGGAAGAAGCCCUGCCCAGUGCUGUGCCCAGCCUGGAACGUGCCAGGCGCUCCACCAGCUGUACUACGACCCGAGCAUCGAGAACAAGAACCUGGCGCAGAAAUGGCUGAUGCAGGCCCAGGUCUCGCCCCAGGCUUGGCACUUCAGCUGGCUCCUGCUCAACAUGGACAAGGUGCCCGAGAUCCAGUACUUCGGCGCCAGUGCCCUCCACAUCAAGAUCUCGCGCUACUGGAAUGACAUCCCGGCCGACCAGUACGAGAGCCUCAAGUCGCAGCUGUUCGCCCAAAUCGCCCGCUUCGCCGGUGGCUCCAAGAUUGUGCUCACGCGGCUGUGCGUGGCGCUGGCCUCUCUGGCGCUCAGCAUGAUGCCCGAGGCCUGGCCCUGCGCCGUGGCCGACAUGGUACGCAUGUUCCAGGCAGAGGACGCCAAUGUGGACGGGCGGGCGCGUUGCCUGGCGCUCCUGGAGCUGCUGACGGUGCUGCCCGAGGAGUUCCAGACCAGCCGCCUGCCCCAGUACCGCAAGGGGCAGGUGCGCAGCGUCCUGGCGCAGGAGUGCGGCUCCGUCUUCCCCUUGCUGGGACAGCUGCUGCAGCAGCAGGACUCCCCCGGCUUCAUCAAGCAGAAGGUGCUCAAGUGCUUCUCCAGCUGGGUGCAGCUGGAGAUCCCCCUCAUGGACUGCGAGAGCCUCAUCCAGGCGGCCUUUGCCUCCCUGCAGGACCCUGAGCUCUUCGACACAGCCGUGGAGGCCAUUGUCAACGCCAUCUCCCAGCCUGACGCCCAGAGGUACGUGAACACCCUGCUGAAGCUCAUCCCCCUGGUGCUGGGGCUGCAGGAGCAGCUGCGCCAGGCCGUGCAGAGUGGGGACAUGGAGACGUCGCACGGGAUCUGCCGCAUCGCCGUGGCCCUGGGCGAGAACCAUUCCCGGGCGCUACUGGACCAGGUGGAGCACUGGCAGAGCUUCCUGGCGCUGGUCAACAUGAUCAUGUUCUGCACUGGCAUCCCCGGGCACUACCCUGUCAAUGAGACCACCAGCUCCCUGACGCUCACCUUCUGGUACACGCUGCAGGAUGACAUCCUGUCCUUCGAGCCGGACAAGCAGGCAGUGUACCAGCAGGUGUACCGGCCCGUGUACUUCCAGCUGGUGGACGUGCUGCUGCACAAGGCUCAGUUCCCCUCGGAUGAAGAAUACGGGUUCUGGUCCUCGGACGAGAAGGAGCAGUUCCGGAUAUACAGGGUGGACAUCUCUGACACCCUGAUGUACGUCUACGAGAUGCUGGGCGCAGAGCUGCUGAGCAGCCUCUACGACAAGCUGGGCCGCCUGCUGACCAGCACGGAGCAGCCGUCCUCCUGGCAGCACACAGAAGCCCUGCUCUACGGCUUCCAGUCCAUCGCCGAGACCAUCGACGUCAACUACUCGGACGUGGUGCCCGGGCUCAUCGGCCUCAUCCCCCGCAUCAGCAUCAGCAACGUGCAGCUGGCCGACACAGUCAUGUUCACUAUCGGGGCCUUGUCCGAGUGGCUGGCUGACCAUCCCGUCAUGAUCAACAACGUGCUGCCGCUGGUGCUGCAGGCGCUGGGCAACCCCGAGCUCUCCAUCUCCAGCGUCUCCACCCUGAAGAAGAUCUGCCGGGAGUGCAAGUACGACCUGCCCCCCUACGCCGCCAACAUCGUCGCCGUGUCCCAGGAGGUGUUAAUGAAGCAGAUCCACAAGACGAGCCAGUGCAUGUGGCUGAUGCAGGCGCUCGGCUUCCUGCUCUCGGCGCUGCAGGUGGAGGAGAUCCUGAAGAACCUGCACUCCCUGAUCAGCCCCUACAUCCAGCAGCUGGAGAAGCUGGCCGACGAGACCCCCAACCCCUCCAACAAGCUGGCUAUCAUCCACAUCCUGGGCCUGCUGUCCAGCCUCUUCACUACCCUGGAUAUCAGCCACCAUGAUGACGACCACGAGGCUGCCGAGGUCAAGAAGCUGCCCCUGCAGCAGGGGCCCAACCCGGUGGUGGUGGUCCUGCAGCAAGUCUUCCAGCUCAUCCAGAAGGUGCUCAGCAAGUGGCUGAACGACGCCCAGGUGGUGGAGUCUGUCUGCGCCAUCUUCGAGAAGUCCGUGAAGACCUUGCUCGACGACUUCGCCCCCAUGGUCCCGCAGCUGUGCGAGAUGCUGGGCCAGAUGUACAGCACCAUCCCCCAGGCCUCUGCCAUCGACCUCACGCGGCAGCUGGUUCUCAUCUUUGCCAACGAGCCCGCCCACUUCCCCCCCAUCAAGGCCCUCUUCCUGCUGGUCACCUCCGUCACACUCACCCUCUUCCAGCAAGGGCCCAGGGAUCAUCCUGAUAUUGUUGAUUCAUUUAUGCAACUCCUGGCACAGGCGCUCAAGCGGAAGCCCGACCUCUUCCUGUGUAGCAACCUGGACGUCAAGGCCGUGUUCCAGUGCGGCGUCCUGUCGCUCAAGUUCCCCGAGGCCCCGACGGCCAGAUCCUCCUGCGGGUUUUUCACGGAGCUGCUGCCGCCCUCGCGCAGCCUCAUGGACCACUUCGCCGAGAUCCUCUUCUCCCUGAACAAGCACUGCUUCAGCCACCUGAGUCUCUGGAUCAAGGAGGCGCUGCAGCCCGACGGCUUCCCCUCCGCCCGCGUCAGCCCCGAGCAGAAGGACACCUUCAGCCAGCAGAUCCUCAGAGAGCGCGUGAACAAGCGGCGGGUGAAGGAGAUGGUGAAGGAGUUCACACUGCUGUGCCGGGGGCUGCACGGCACCGAGUACACGGCGGACUACUGA